AUGGCCGACUACUACGACGCGCUGCGGGACGCCGUCUGGAACGACGACCUCGAAGCGCUCCAGAUGUGCAUGCACGCGGGUCGCAUCGACGUCAACCACACCGACUCGGCGGGACAAACGCUGCUGCACCUGGCGUCGUUCUGGGGCCGGACCGAGAUUGUGCGACUGCUCGUGUCCCUCGGCGCAAGCAUGAAGGCCAAGAACGCGGCGGGCUGCACUGCGCUCGACUUGGCGAUUCACUGGGGCCACUCGGCCACCGCCGAGAUGAUUCGUUUGCGUGGCGGCCUCAGCGUGUGGGAGGAGAAGAUGGGGCUGCUCCAAAUGCAAGUGGAGGACCUCUCGACCGCGCUGGCCGACUGCGAAGCCGAGAAUCGACUGAAAGACAGUCAGCUGAGUGCGCAUCGCGCCGAGAUUCUGGAGCUGCACACCAAGUGGCGCGCGACGCUCGAUCUGCUCGACGCGGAAACCAAAAAGGGCGUGGCCAUGCAGGCACGUCACGACGACCUCGCACGCGUCACGGACAAGCUGCGCGCGGACGUAUCGGACCUCAAGCAGGACUUGCACGAGGCGCAGCUCGAGGCCAUUCGAAUCGAUAUGGAACGCGUGGCGGCCGAGACGGCGCGCGACGCCAGUCUCCAGCAGCGCGAGGUUGCGGUGCGCGCCGCCGCCGACGCAUGCGCCGUUCAGGUCGAGCGCCUUCGCAACUGGCAGGCCGCCGAAGCCGCGGCAGUCAUCAUGGAGACGCAGCGCAACGCCGCGUGCACCGAGCGUGACGCGAUCAAACUGCGGGCGAGUGCGAUGGCGAUCGAGCUGCGGCUCGUGACGGAGCGACUCGAGUUCACUCAAAGCGAACUCGCAACGCUGCGCGAAGAGACGCUCGAGUUUAUGGAGGCGAAGCGCAAGGAAGAAAUUCGCCAGCGCCGGGCGGUGCGAGCGUUGGAAGUGAUUUCGGCCGACGACCGCCUCGAAAAGCUUCAAAAGGCGAAAGAGUAUGGCAACCAGUUGAAGAACCAGCCUUCGGUGCAGAUGGCCUUUGCCCGAGAGAGCAGCCGCAGCCCCACAGCGAUGCGUGUGCAAACAGCGGCGGCUCUCGUGUCGCAGGAGCUGCACCCGGACUUGGCGGUCUUCGAGGAGGCGUUUGUGCACACAGUCAAGUCGUUUACUGAGGCGCGGCGAGACAAGUGGGCGGCGCUGGCGACCCAGACGAACGAAAGCCAGAGCCAAGCGCGCUUUGCGGUCGCGCGGCCGCUCUUCACACCGGCGUCGUCCAGCCCCGCGGGCGCCAAAGUCAACUGUGCCGUGUACGGCAAGUAUGCCAAGACCCAGAGACGGCCCGGAACGGACCACCGGUCCCAAGCACAGCGGCACGCGCAGCUGCCUCCGAUGCUCACGAAAUAGAGAGCGUCUUCGGAGAGUAAUUUAACUCGAG